GUGUUUUUAUGACCCUCAGUCGCCUGUAUUUUAUUUCCGUGCGCUUGCUUGUCAAUUAAAGUCAAUCUUUUAUUCUUCAUGGUUAGAUCUUAUUAGCUAGCGGCACAGUGAUAGAGGACAGGUAUAUAGAGAGUGAUUAUUUCAACCACGUUGCUGAUUAAGGCAGAUUUCACUCUUGAUUAGGGAAAGGGGGGAGACCAUGUGGAUGUCACAUGAACGACAACGAUGAGGCAAAAACAAGUGGGUGUAAACUUGAGGAGAGGACUGCUGCCGCCCAAUUAUCCCUUCCAUCUGGGGAUUUCCUGCCUGUGAGGCCUGUCCAGGACAGCCUAGCAGCCCCUGACCUGCCCUCCGCCCAAACAUAUGCAAUGAACAGCACCACUCAGCCUCCCGCCACCAUAGACGGAGACGUGGCUGUCAGCUCCGUGUUGGUACCGUUCUUUCUCAUCACGUUCAUUGGGAUUGCAGCAGCUGUGGUUAUGUAUGUGCGAAAGAAGAGAAGAAUUGACAGGCUCCGGCACCAGUUGCUUCCUGUCUAUACCUAUGACCCCUCAGAAGAAUUACAUGAAGUUGAACAGGAAAUGCUGUGGAAGGAGGAGGAUACUAAGGUGGUGAAGGGUUGGGCACGGUCCUACCAGCAACAACGCCCCCUGUUGAUGAAAAAUGCUCAUGCAUGAGUAUGUUGGAGCAAGACAUUGAUCUGCGCCAUCCUACGGAUCAGCUGUGAUAACCCUUAAGUUGCCAGAUAUUUCAGUCAUUCAACAGAGGGGCUUUAGGGAAAGCGUGCACACAAGAACCGCUUGUCAUGCCUUUCCAUCAUCCUCGUCUUUGUUCUUACCACCAUCACCACCUCCAUAUCAUUUCUGUUGGAGCAAUUGGUUUGUCCGGCUACUGCUUAUCUUGGGGGAGGUUGGCUAUUAUGUGAGCCUCUGAUACCACGCCUGUGUGCCUGAAUGCUGUGCGCCAUACCCUAAACCACAACACGUGGUGGACAUUGUUUAUUCCAGAUUAUUUAUUCAAGUUGUUUGUUUUUUAAAAUUGUUUGUGAAUGUUAUGCUGUGGGUGAUACCUAAAUGAACAUGGUGCCAUCCAUCCAAGAGGCAGGGACAGACCUGGUCUGGGAUGCUUCCUGUUGUACUACUGGUUUUCGGGGUGUAAAAUGUGUUUACUGUGUCCCUCACUAUUCAGUGUCAAAGAAGUUACACAGACAGUGUGCAAUCAAUACACUUCAGUCUGUGUCUUACUUGUUCUGUUUGUGGCACUUUAUGUUCUGUUUGUGGCACUUUAAAUAUCAUUGUCAAAGCAAAGUAACGCUUCCUCUUCAUGCAAUGACUGCUUUUCAAGAGUUAUGUACCUGAUUGUUGUGGUAGAAUGACAGAUGGAUAAUUGACCUGAAUGGGAACUCCUAUCCUAUUCAUUUUAUUUAAUCCUAUCCGAUGAGCAAUAUCCUUGUUGACAAGUUUAGAAAAACCUAACCCAGAAAUGUAAUGAUGAAAAGGUGGCGCUAAUAGAAGGCAAGAUUAUUUCCUGUUUCUCUUUCCUUUCAUUUUAAGUCAGUCACAUCAGAAAUAGGAGAGGGAGGGGGAGCCACAUCAGAGAACUCACAUAACGACUGUAGCCACUCAACCAGCCUCCCCACAACACCCAUUUCUCAAAUCUGUGACUACUUCCCUAAAAAUGUCCUGUUGGGAUGACAUGACACCAGAAUGAUUGUUCUUCUAGCAGAAGAAUCCCUAAAGGAUGUUCUAGGCCUGACUGUAUGCAGUACUCAGGAAACCUCAGCCACACGUUUUUAAAUAAGUCAACAGUGAUUCAUCCUUAACAUGUGCUCAAGGUUACCCUCUUUUCCUCUGACUUUGUGAAUGUCACGUUUUCAGGAUAUGAGAGAUGAAGUGCAUGUAUAUGUAAUGUGAUAAAUACACAUGGAAAUGUUUAGCUUUAUCAGGUAUUUCCUUUUAUUUUAAUUGUGGUACUGUGUUCUAAACAAAAUCCUGGAUAUAGACUACUGAUAAGAUAUACAAAAACUUGAAGUGUAAUUCUGACAAGUGGUAUCAAGAUUUUUCUCACUAUUUUUCAGUUAAAGCACCUAUUUGAAAUGUCCUGUGCAUUGAGCUUAUGGACAUGUAACGGAUGGUCCUGAUGUAAACAAAGAAAUAAAUACAAAGAGUACAUAUGUA